CAGGCGCACGGAAAAGCAAGCUUGCACCGUCCUAGCGGUGCUCCAUUAGAGCUUCGUAUGUUCUUGGGCUUUUCAUAUUGAUGUCCUACGCAACGUAGAUACUCCAAGCAGUUCUGUCAGGCCUGUCUGCAGUAAUCUUUGGUGCAAGAUGGAAGAAUCCUACAAAGACAGGACUUCACUAGUGAAAGGGGCAAAAGAUAUUGCCAAAGAAGUGAAGAGACAGGCUGUCAAAAAAGUGAAUAAAGCAGUUGACAAAGCUCAGGAUGGCUACACCCAGAGGUCCUAUAGCCGAUUCCAGGAUGAGGAAGAUGAUGAGGAUGAUGAUUACUAUGUCCGAGGAGGAAAUUACGGUGUAGAAGCUAAUGACGAUGAAGGAUCAAGUGAAGCAACUGAAGGACAUGAUGAAGAUGAUGAAAUUUAUGAAGGGGAAUAUCAGGGAAUCCCCAACAUGAGUCAGGGCAAGGACGGCAUGGUGGCCUUAGGGCAGCCGAUGCGUGAUGAAUAUAAGGAUCGCCAUGAACUGGAAACAGAGAGGAAAGCUGACGAAGAAGAGCUGGCCCAGCAGUAUGAGCUGAUAAUCCAAGAAUGUGGCCACGGCCGUUUCCAGUGGGCCCUCUUCUUUGUCUUGGGAAUGGCCCUAAUGGCUGAUGGUGUCGAAGUGUUUGUGGUUGGAUUUGUGCUGCCCAGCGCUGAGACAGAUAUGUGCAUACCCAACUCGGGGUCCGGAUGGCUUGGUAGCAUAGUGUACCUUGGGAUGAUGGUGGGGGCGUUCUUCUGGGGAGGCUUGGCAGACAAGGUGGGAAGGAGACAGUCACUCCUGAUAUGCAUGUCUGUCAAUGGAUUCUUUGCCUUCCUUUCAUCAUUUGUCCAGGGCUAUGGCUUCUUCCUCUUCUGUCGCUUGUUUUCUGGAUUUGGGAUUGGUGGAGCUGUUCCAACAGUCUUCUCCUAUUUUUCCGAAGUGCUUGCUCGGGAGAAGCGAGGUGAACACUUGAGCUGGCUCUGUAUGUUUUGGAUGAUUGGUGGCAUCUAUGCUUCUGCAAUGGCUUGGGCAAUAAUUCCUCAUUAUGGCUGGAGUUUCAGCAUGGGCUCUGCCUACCAGUUCCACAGCUGGCGAGUAUUUGUGAUCGUCUGUGCGCUGCCCUGUGUCUCUUCAGUGGUAGCCCUCACCUUCAUGCCAGAAAGUCCUCGGUUCUUGCUGGAGGUUGGAAAACAUGAUGAAGCCUGGAUGAUACUCAAGCAAAUUCAUGACACAAACAUGCGUGCUCGUGGACAGCCUGAAAAAGUUUUCACAGUUAACAGAAUCAAAACUCCAAAGCAGAUAGAUGAGCUCAUAGAAAUUGAGAGUGAUACAGGAACGUGGUACAGGAGAUGUUUUGUUAGAAUCCGCACAGAGCUGUAUGCUAUUUGGUUGACAUUUAUGAGAUGUUUCAACUACCCAGUAAAGGAUAAUACCAUCAAACUUACAGCUGUGUGGUUCACCUUGUCUUUCGGAUACUAUGGCUUGUCUGUGUGGUUUCCUGAUGUCAUCAAGCAUCUGCAGUCAGAUGCGUAUGCAUCCCAAGUGAAGCAUUUCGUGAAUGAGGAGGUCUCGCAUUUUGUCUUCAACUUCACAUUGGAAAAUCAGAUCCACACAAAUGGAGAAUUCAUCAAUGACAGGUUUAUGAUGAUGAAGUUUAAAUCAGUAACCUUUGAAGAUUCCCUUUUUAAGAACUGUCUGUUUGAAGACAUCACCUCGAUGAACACGUACUUCAGGAACUGUACUUUUGUGAAUACCACCUUCUACAACACAGAUCUGGAGCAGUAUAAGUUUAUUGACAGUGACUUUAUAAAUUGCACAUUUUUCCACGUCAGGACAGGAUGCCAGAUCUCUUUUGAUGAUGACUAUAGUGCCUACUGGAUUUACUUUGUUAAUUUCCUGGGAACGCUGGCAGUGCUGCCGGGAAACAUAGUGUCUGCUCUCCUGAUGGAUAGAAUUGGCCGCUUGACAAUGCUAGGUGGUUCCAUGGUUCUUUCUGGCAUAAGCUGCUUUUUCCUGUGGUUUGGGACCAGCGAAUCCAUGAUGAUAGGAAUGCUUUGCCUCUACAACGGUCUCACCAUCUCAGCGUGGAACUCCCUUGAUGUCAUUACUGUGGAACUGUAUCCUACAGACAGAAGGGCAACAGGCUUUGGCUUUCUGAAUGCACUAUGCAAAGCAGCAGCUGUACUUGGAAACUUAAUAUUCGGUUCUCUUGUUGGCAUAACCAAAGCAAUUCCUAUUCUCCUUGCUUCCACCGUACUAGUGUGCGGAGGGCUGGUAGGACUGCGGCUUCCCGACACAAGAACCCAGGUGUUGAUGUAACUGGAAAAAGCCAUUUUAUUCUUUAUUUCCUUCUUUGUACAAAUGUCAGCUCUCCAGCCUGGUGGUGCAAAGGCUUCAGAUUCUCAACACUUAGCCAGGUGUUCAGAUGGCAGAAAUCAAACAUCAAACAAGUUUCUGUGGAGUGGCAGAGAUUUAUAAAGCUCUACCUGGAAGUUUUAAAUUUCUGUCUUUGUUUGUUUGCAUACUCUGCUAUUUAAAACAACUGCAAAGCUACCUCUUAAAACAUUUUCAGAGACAUGUCCAGGUAGUUAAAAACCAUACCAUAAGUAGAUAUUUAAAAUUCAAGCAGUCUCAUUAUUUGAAUAUAAAUACUGUAUUUGACCGUGGUGUUGUGAGCUUUUCUAAUGAUGCAAACCUGCAAAACUAUUCCUUAGCAGUACUGCUGCAGAAAAAGCUAAUCUCAAUGUGUCGAUGCAUGCAGCGUUAUCAGCAAGCUGUGUUUGACUGCAUCAGUGCUGAGUGGCUGUAUUUCAGUGGUGGAAACUUCCUGCAUUCUCAGAAAGAGGCAUGGGCAGCAGCAGUGCCUCCUUCUUAGGAAACCAUUUUACGUAGAUUUGAUCUAGAGUAAAGAUUAUUAACUGCACCUCGUACUUGCUGAGGAGAGGUUAAUGAUUGCCACAAGGAAGAACCAAGCUCAUAAAGGUGCAUGAGAAAGAUAAUAUUAAAAUAAGCACUUCCACUUUUGCCAUUGGUCCUCCAGAAAUGGUUUGUUUUCUACUCACUUGUGGGCAUCUGCAAUAUUUUUGUCAUUUUAGAACGGGGAAUUUGUCUUUCUCCAGAAGGGAAUCUAUGAAAACCACUAUUUAUGUCAUUGUAAGUAUGAAUAAAGGGAGAAUCAGGCCAGUGAACUGGAUGAAAAAUAAGAUGCUUUCGGAUAAGUUCUUUUACUGUUUAACUUGAUAUUUUAAUUCAUAUUUCAUUGUCAUAAAUGGUUAUAACAAUAAGUUGUAAUAGACUACCACCUACUUAGUAUAGUUAGGAGAAAAACUUCAGUAUAUAGUAUAAUUUAAUUAAAUAAUUAACUCUCAAAACAAAUGUGGGUUUUUUUUGAAAACAGUAGCAAAACAAAGGAAGGCAAUAAUCAAAACUCCUUAAUAAUUAUCCCACUUGAUACACUCUGUCACAUAAUCAUUUACUCAUCUGAUUUGUGAUGGUUCUGCAGAUAUCCCACAUUUAGCCCUUCCCUACAACCCUCACAAAAGCCAUGAAGAAGAGACCAUGCCAAGGCUGUGGGCAGCGCUCGUGCAUAUUUUGCUUCUAAGCCAUAUGAUGUGGACGGUUCUGGACUAUAGCAAAUGAUCUCCCUGCUAGUCCUACCUUCCUGUGAAGAACUAUUGGAUCACUUUAAAAUGUGAGCAUUAAAAAAUAAAUGAAAGAUGCAGCCAUAAAAUGAUGAGAAAGAAGAGGGAGAUUGUCUGAUGACAGAAGCUGUCACUGCUUUGAGUGCAGCUAAAAAAUUUGUAUCAGCUGAUCAGCUGCAGGCUCAAGUUUCAAAGGGCACGUCUGAUGUAAAACUUAAGGGAAGAUUUAUUGGUAUUUCUUUCCAAUUAUGUCUGACAACUUUUUCCAGGUGGCUGAAUCAUUGCCAAAUAAAUUAGACUUGCAGAUAAGAUCAUCACACAGUAACAUAUAUUUUGCACGAUUGCUUUUUCUGUCUCUUACAUGAUGAUUCCUUACUAUUGGGAAAUAAUAUCUAUCACUGUCUUCUGUGUGAGUCACAGUCUUACUAAAAGAGACAGAAAAAGAUAGUCCACAUAACAAGACCAUUCAUUACAUCUAAAGUUCAUUAUUUUAUUUACUGAACUUAAAUUUCAGUUAUGAACAAAUGCCUAUGCUAAAUUGUACUAUCAAAAUAUUAGCCAAGAAUGUUUUUUACUAUUAACAGAUGAGAAAAGUAAACUAAGAAGCAUGAAUACUGAAAAUUAGUGAGCAAUUUUUAUGUUGAUAAUUUAAAUAUUAUAUAGUAAGAAACAAAGUUUAUUUUUUAAGUAUACUGAUUUUAUGAUAUACAGUUCAUGUUUUUGAGAUAAGAUAUUCUAUAUUUAAAUCUGAUUUACUGCAUGUAAAAUGAAAAGAGAGGAGGCAUUAUUUUUCACGAGGAUUCAACUUAAGAACAAAACGCCACACUUAAUUUUGCAUCUAUGCCUGCUUAUCCUAGUAUUACUAUCCUAAUAUUAAUUUAAUUAAAUACUAUUACCCGAUGAGAAUUAUAUUUCACUAGCUCUGCUUCUCUGUGCCAGCCAUUAGUAGCAUGUGUCCACCUCCUUGUACCUACUGCCCAUCGUAUUUUGAAAUCUGAAGCCUCUGUACAUGUUUGGAGGGAACAUAAACACAACGGAAAGUUACCUGGUCUUGCUAUGCACUGUCCACUACUGUCCACUUAAAGCAGUAUAUUCUGUCCAUCUCUGUAUGUGAUACUGAAGAACAGCCAGAUCCAAUGCAUCAUGCUACGUGAGCGGUGUGGAGGGGAUGGGGCGCAGGGAAAAAAAGGUUGAGUUUUUGCAGACUCCACUUUUAGUCUAUAAUCUUAAGACUGAAGACUUUAAGACUAAAACCUUGAUGCCACAUCCUAAGUAAAUGAUGAAGGCUGGAUAUAGUGAGGCUAGCAGCAAGAGAGCUUAGGCCUGGAAUA